GAGUGCCAGCGGUCCAGUGCCGUCCCAACUCUCUCUCUCGCCGCACUCUCCCUUCGCUCUCACUCACUCCGUCACCACCGCAGUUGGAGUCCGCGUCAGGGAAGUGAUAGCAAACAUGUGGGGAAGGUUUUUCCGCGCGGCGAUGGUGUUAGCGGUGGUGGUGGUGGUGGUGUCCCCCAGUGGUGGUGCCUUACCACUAGAGGAGGACCAGGAGCUGGAGAGGCACCGAGGUAGUGCCCAAAGGCGAGUCACCCGCCAGCAGCCCAUCUACGGCAUCACCCACUUGGACAUCCGGGACGCCAUCUUGACACUGGAGAAGAGCAUCAAAGACGUGACCAGCAAGUUGAACAGACACGAGGCCAGAGAGGCUCAGGUAGCAGACUUCUCCACCAAGACCCUCACUGGCCUCUUGUCGGGACACACCGUGUCAGACAAGCACCUGCAGACCAUUGCUAGGCAGCUGGCCAACAUGGAGGAGAGACUCAUCUCCACCGAGGCUCUAGUCCAGACGGUAAGUUAGAGGCUGACGAUGUUG